AGGCAACGUCGACGGGAUCCAUGGCCUCCAGCACCGCGACCACCACCAAGGUGACGACGACCACGACGCGCACGACCACGGCGACCCUGGCGCACUUGCCCUUCGACUGCCACGCGAACCUGUCCACCUUCGAGCAGGACUGGUUCAUGGCCAAGGCGCUGUGGUGCUGCAGGAACAUGCGGCUCGGCUGCCUCACCAGCACGACGCCCGCGGCGCCGACGUCCACCACGGCGGCGACGUCGCCGACGAGCGCGCCGCCGGCGCCCGCGGAGCCGGGGAGCACCGCCGCGGCCCUCGCGCAGGAGGCGACGCCGCCGAUCGCGGCGGCCGCGCCCGUGGCCAGCACCACGGGCGCCGACUUGGCCUGGCCCCUGGGCGCCGGCUUCGAGUUCCCCCCCCUGGAGUUGAAGGCGCGGAAGGGCCAGGGCACCCAGCGCCCUGAGCAGCACGAGGCGGAGGGCGCCGCCCCCGCAGCUGGCCCGGACGGCGGCGCCGCCGGCGUAGGCACCGGCGGCGACGAGAGCCAAGCUGGCGACGAGGAGCUCGCGGUGCGCUGACCGCGGCGAAGCCUCGGCCCGUGCCGCCCCGUGGCAUCAUGAAUCCGUCUCCCGAUUCCCUCACCUUGGCCUUCUACAGUAUGUAACCUUCUUUUUCAGUGCGCAAUUGGCAGGGUUUCGUGCAGCCACUGCGCAUAAUGGCAAAGCUAGGCACUAAUGGCCUGCUUUGUCAAGCUUGCAACUUGUCAAAGACAGGUUGUACAUUUUUGUCAUGGCUCCAACGCUGCGCCAUGGAA